AUGGAAACUCGACGACAUCGACAUGCCAGCGCACAUACAGCACAAAUAACAUCUGGUGUUGACUCGUCGUCGGACGAGGAUUAUAGGACCCCGCCGUCAUCUACGGGGUCCGCCGAUGACACCAGGCCACCGAGACGAGCACCACGACGACGAGCAACACACCCGCCACCGGAUGGCUUGGAGCAACAGGAGCUGCGUGCUCCUACGACUGCUUCCGCCGCCAGUGGUGUAGUGCGUCGCAUGAGAUGGACUCAACGAAUGAAUGAGAACGUCAUGCGAGCGUACUAUAGGGCGACAGAUGGGGGAACUAAUCUCACUGGGUAUCGCUCAAGAAUGGUGUCUUUGUUUCAGGCCCUUGAACCGACAGUGACCGUGUCCGCUCAGCGGCUAUCGGAUCAGGUGCGAGUUAUUCAGCGCCGUCGUGUGCUGGAUGAAUCUACACUUGAUCGGUUGCGCUUAAAUUUACCACAAGUUAUUACUACCGGUAACUCAACUCAUAAAUCUCCACAAAUUCCGAGUGUUAUAGAGAUUUUAAACACCCAAGAGGAGUUACAAGGUGGUUUAGAUUUGACGGUAAGUAACCAGAAUGAUGAGCAAAUGAGGAGGACUUUGGAGGAUGCGAUUUUAGAGUUUAGAUCUGUGCCUAACAACCUUAGACCGAAACUACCUCGUUUGCCUGUCCAUAGACGAAAUAUGGCGUUGAUGGCAGUUCUAGACAAAAUAUUAGGUACAUAUUUAGAAAGUUCAUAUGACCUAAAUGAUACGCAUUCGAUCCUAUACUGUGGAGCUGUUGCAGCAUGUCGGAUAGCUUCUAUCAAAUUUCCAGAGCUGCAUAGAGCUGUAAAAAGACCAAAUACAGCUCCAGCUUGGCAGGCUGGGAUCGAAAGGCGUAUCUCUUUGACUAGAACUCUCAUUGCAAAGCUGAUCUGUUUUAGGGCGGGCAAUAGUCGCCCGAGGAUAAUGCGAUUUGUACACCAAGCAUUUGCUGGGACUAAUAUUAGUCCCUCUCAGUAUUUGUCUUUGGUUACGGAUCGUAUUGACUUCUUGAAACAGAAAGUCUAUGCAUGGGCACAACGCAUUAGGCGCUUUAGAAAACGCAUUGAUCGAGCUUCUCAGAAUCGUAUGUUCCAAAGUGACCAACGGAAGAUGUACAGGAAUUGGGAACGACCUAGAGGUUGUAUGGUCGAUGGAGAGCUUCCUACACCUGAUUCUACGUCAGAUUUCUGGCGUAGCAUUUGGUCGGCUCCCAUAGAUCAUACCGAAGGUGAGUGGAUGAAUGUUGUGAGGGAUCAGUGCGCUACGGUGGUAGAGAUGAAUCCUGUAACCAUUAGUGCUGAGGAUGUAGGAUGUGCAAUUCGUUCGGCAUCGAACUGGAAAUGCCCGGGGCCGGAUGGACUGCACAACUUCUGGCUAAAAUGGUUCCGUAGUGCACAUCCUGUCUUAGCAACACAAUUCCAGAACUCCAUUGACUCUGGAUCGUUACCGACACUCAUGACAACUGGUGUCACGUUCUUGAUACAUAAGUCCGGAAGUACCGCAGACCCAAAAAACUAUCGCCCUAUAACCUGCUUACCGACCAUCUAUAAGCUACUUACAUCUAUUCUAACCACAAAAAUAACUAUGCAUAUUAAUGCAAAUAAUAUUUUGGCCCAGGUUCAGAAUGGAUGUAAGGCUAGGGCACGCGGUACAAAGGAACUACUCCUCAUUGACACUGCUAUUUGCCAACAGGUUCGGCGAAAUAGAAAAAAUCUAGUGGCUGCUUGGAUUGACUACAAGAAGGCCUAUGAUUCAGUGCCUCACACGUGGCUCAUGGAGAUCAUGAGGUUGUAUAAGGUCGAUGCAACUCUAUGUUCUUUCCUUUACUCAUGUAUGAGUCAGUGGAUGACAGUCCUUCGUCAACCAGGUGGUGAUGAGUUUUUUGAAUCAGCUGAACCGAUAAGGAUUAAGCGGGGAAUUUUCCAGGGGGACAGUUUGAGUCCUUUAUGGUUUUGCUUGGCACUGAAUCCUCUCAGUACACUACUGAAGGACUCAGGGUUAGGCUAUCGUCUUCGCAAGGGGGGUGAGGUCAUAUCUCACUUACUUUAUAUGGAUGAUCUCAAACUGUAUGCAUCUAAACGAACAGACCUUGUGAAAUUGCUAAAGAUUACUCAGAACUUUAGCAAUAACAUAGGGAUGGAAUUUGGUGUUGACAAGUGUGCGAUUAUCAAUAUAGAGCGAGUUCACAAUGCUAACGAAGGCAACAAUAAGCCGGUAUUGGAUCGGUACGAGAACUGCAAGGAUUUAGCAAAUCCGUUCGAAAUUGCGCGCAACUCACAAAUCCUUGCGCUUCGUAUACGAGCGCGAUCCGAAACAAAUGUUAAUCCCUUGUGUGCUUAG